CUGGCUUUUCCCGGCAGCCCCCGCGGCCAGCUGGCGCUGUUCAAGAUGGCGGCCGACAGUGAGCCCGAGUCCGAGGUGUUUGAGAUCACGGACUUCACCACUGCCUCGGAAUGGGAGAGGUUUAUUUCUAAAGUUGAAGAAGUCUUGAAUGAUUGGAAACUGAUUGGAAACUCUUUGGGAAAACCACUUGAAAAGGGUAUAUUUACUUCUGGCACAUGGGAAGAAAAAUCAGAUGAAAUUUUCUUUGCUGACUUCAAAUUCUCAGUCACUCAUCAUUAUCUUGUACAAGAAUCCAGUGAUAAGGAAGAAGGGAAGGAUGAAUUAUUAGAAGAUGCUGUACCACAAGCUAUGCAAGAUUUGCUGUGUAUGAACAAUGACUUUCCUCCAAGAGCACAUUGCCUAGUAAGAUGGUACGGCCUUCGGGAGUUUGUGGUGAUAGCCCCUGCUGCCAACAGCGAUGCUGUUCUCAGUGAAUCCAAGUGCAACCUUCUUCUGAGUUCUGUGUCGAUUGCUUUGGGGAACACUGGCUGCCAGGUACCACUCUUCGUGCAGAUUCAUCACAAGUGGCGGAGAAUGUAUGUGGGAGAAUGCCAGGGUCCUGGUGUCCGAACUGAUUUUGAAAUGGUUCAUCUUCGCAAAGUACCAAAUCAGUAUACUCAUUUAUCAGGUCUGCUAGAUAUCUUCAAAUCUAAGAUUGGAUGUCCUUUAACUCCACUGCCUCCAGUUAGUAUUGCCAUUCGCUUUACCUAUGUACUUCAGGAUUGGCAGCAGUAUUUUUGGCCUCAGCAACCUCCAGAUAUAGAUGCCCUUGUAGGAGGAGAAGUUGGCGGCCUGGAGUUUGGCAAGUUACCUUUUGGUGCCUGUGAAGAUCCUAUUAGUGAACUCCAUUUAGCCACUACAUGGCCUAACCUGACUGAAGGUAUCAUUGUGGAUAAUGAUGUUUAUUCUGAUUUGGAUCCUCUCCAGGCUCCUCAUUGGUCUGUUAGAGUUCGAAAAGCUGAUAAUCCCCAGUGCUUGCUAGGUGAUUUUGUCACUGAAUUUUUUAAAAUUUGCCGUCGAAAGGAAUCAACUGAUGAGAUUCUUGGACGAUCCACAUUUGAGGAAGAAGGGAGAGACGUUGAUAUAUCUCAUGCUUUGUCAAAGUUGACAGAGCCAGCACCAGUUCCUAUUCAUAAAUUGUCAGUUUCAAACAUGGUACAUACUGCGAAGAAGAAAAUACGGAAACACAGAGGUGCAGAUGAGUCACCGCUGAAUAACGAUGUCCUUAACACCAUUCUUUUGUUCCUGUUCCCUGAUGCUGCUUCUGAGAAACCAUUAGAAGCACCCUUAACAGACAACAGUAAUCCUCCAUCAGAUGGCGAGGAAUACAAUCUCUACAAUCAGUUCAAAUCUGCACCCUCUGACAGUUUAACAUACAAAUUGGCUUUGUGCCUUUGCAUGAUCAAUUUCUACCAUGGAGGUUUGAAAGGAGUGGCACACCUCUGGCAGGAAUUUGUUCUUGAGAUGCGUUUCAGAUGGGAAAACAACUUUCUGAUUCCAGGGUUAGCCAGCGGACCCCCGGAUCUAAGAUGUUGUUUACUGCAUCAGAAACUACAGAUGUUAAAUUGUUGUAUUGAGAGAAAGAGGACUCGAGACGAAGGAAGAAAGACAGGUGCUUCAGAUAACCUUGCUCAAGCAUUCUCUGGGGAUGCUGCAAAAGAUAGUCUCAAAGACGCAGAUAAAGAAAAGGGAGAGGUGGGGAAGUCUUGGGAUUCUUGGAGUGACAGUGAAGAAGAAUUUUUUGAAUGCUUAAGCGAUACUGAAGAUCUUAAGGGAAAUGGACAAGAGGGUGGCAAGAAAGGAGGGCCGAAGGAGAUGGCAAACUUAAAGCCGGAAGGACGUCUCCGACAGCACGGGAAACUUACACUGCUACACAAUGGAGAACCUCUCUACAUUCCUAUUACCCAGGAGCCGGCACCUAUGACAGAAGAUCUGCUGGAAGAGCAGUCGGAGGUUCUCGCUAAAUUAGGCACAUCAGCAGAAGGGGCUCACCUCCGCGCGCGCAUGCAGAGUGCCUGUCUGCUCUCAGACAUGGAGUCUUUCAAGGCAGCUAAUCCAGGAUGUUAUCUAGAAGAUUUUGUGAGGUGGUACUCACCCCGGGAUUAUAUUGAAGAGGAAGUAGUUGAUGAAAAGGGGAAUGUAGUUUUGAAAGGAGAACUGAGCGCCAGAAUGAAGAUUCCAAGCAAUAUGUGGGUAGAAGCCUGGGAAACAGCUAAGCCAAUUCCUGCUAGAAGGCAAAGGAGACUCUUCGAUGACACGAGGGAAGCAGAAAAGGUGCUGCACUACCUGGCAGUCCAGAAACCCGCAGACCUUGCUCGGCACCUGUUACCGUGUGUGAUCCAUGCAUCCGUACUCAAGGUAAAGGAAGAAGAAAACCUGGAAAACAUUUCUUCAGUUAAGAAGAUUAUAAAGCAGAUAAUAUCCCAUUCCAGUAAAGUUUUGCACUUCCCCAAUCCAGAAGAUAAAAAGUUGGAAGAAAUCAUCCAUCAAAUUACUAAUGUGGAAGCGAUCAUUGCUAGAGCCCGCUCACUGAAGGCCAAGUUCGGGACUGAAAAAUGUGAGCAAGAGGAGGAAAAGGAAGAUCUUGAGAGGUUCGUGAGUUGCCUCUUGGAGCAGCCUGAAGUGUUAGUCAUUGGUGCAGGAAGAGGACAUGCUGGCAGGAUCAUCCACAAGCUGUUUGUCAAUGCCCAGCGGCUGACUGAAUCUUCUGAUGAGGCCGCCGCCCUGUCCCCGCCGGAGGAGGAGCUGAAGAGGCCGGGAGCACCCGAGGAGCGCAGGCCCAGUGCCGCGUCCGACUUCCCACCGCCUGCUGGCCGCGAGCUCCUGCUCCGCACGACGGUGCCCCGGCCCGCGCCCUACUCGCGGGCCCUGCCCCAGCGCAUGUACAGCGUACUCACCAAGGAGGACUUCCGCCUGGCCGGCGCCUUCUCCUCCGACACCUCCUUCUUCUGACCCCACGCGCCCUGUGGCCCCGAGGCCCGCUCAGUGCAACAGUCAAGCAUCAAAACCAGCACCCGGGGGAGAUUGCGGAACCAAGCCUGGGCUCCGGCACAGCCUUCUGCGGCGGGGCAGAUGGAAAGGGCUAGUGCCAUUGAGAGAUUUAAGUACCCCGCAACAGGUGACUCAGGGAGCAGGGCGAGGGACCGGGGACGCGACAGAAAAACCCAGCAGGGCUUGGAGGAUGCUCUGGUGGAAUUGUGUGUGCUUUCUCCUCUGCUAUGUCUCUUAGGCGACUGCCUUGCAUUGGUAGUCCGAGUGGACAUUUAAUUGUUGUAUUUCAUAGUAUCUAGUACGCGAACUAGAGUUGUCUAUCAAUUCCUAUUUUGGUGGGUAUUUUUGGUGGUAGCGUCUUGUCCCAGAAUCUGUCUGUGGUUUUUAAUACUAAAUGACACGGUUUAAUCGAUCACCUGUUGGGUCUUUUUAUUGUACCAAACCAACUAACUCUUGAUGCGAAUUUUGAAUAUUCUAGGAGAGAGCUGAGGGUUCCAGUAAGUUUUUAUGUUCUUUCCUGUGACUGUGAUUAGACAAAUGUAUUCCUUCUGAUAAAACUAUUCCAUAUUACCGCAAAUUAUUAUAUAAAUAUAAAAUGUUUUAUAUUGUAAGAUUUGCUUCUAUUAUUUUGGUUUGGGUUGCCAUGUAAAAAGAUAGCAACCCACAGGUGUCCUUCUCCCCUGUCCUGCAUGCAUUCUGUGUUUGGUGGUUGCUGGCUGGGAACUGUGUUUACUGUAGCCAAGGCAACACCUGCUGAAAGAUCACCCCGGUAUAUAGAGCUUAUCAUGCAGUUAGUAUAUAUGUACUAGUGCAAUGAAUUGAAGAUUAUUUCAUGGCCCUUUUUGCUUUUGUAUUUUAAUUUAAGAGAAAAUAAUUGAUGGAAUAUGUAACAGCCAGCUAAGGAUAGUAGCAACAUGAUUCUGUUUCUGUGAUGAACAAGAAUAGUGACAUCUUUCUUGCGAUGUGGCCUUUGUUUAGUAAUCUUAAGAUUUUCAGGUCCAAAAUUCCCACUUUGAUCCAGACUUAAAAAAUGGUUAUACCGUAACAUACAUCUCGCCUAUGUGACUUUAGUGCUGUGUAACCCUGUUACAUUAUUUUUGUAAAAAAUAAAAUAAAAGGUGUGUAUCCACAUG